AUGGGCUACAUUCCCCGUGUUCAGGAUGUCCAGACGCUGCUUGAGGUCCAUGCCCGCGCAAAAGGCCUUGUCGCCGGCGCCUGUGAAGACGGCACAUCGCAGCUCGGGCUCGGAGUCGUACCACUUCCAGAGCGCACCGAGCUCGAUUGUGGCUUCCACGGGCAGGCAAUUGCGGUUCUCGGGGCGAUUGAUUGUGACUAG